UGUGGUUCCUGGCCAAGUGCUUGGGCCUACAGUCAGCUUUGCUUUUUCAGCGGGCGUCGCCGCCUGGCCCACGCCAGACUGAUGCUACCCCCACGCGGUCCGCUUUUUUUAUAGCUCAAAGGCUGGGGGCUCCCCAUGUGGUGAUCUUUCUCGAGACUUGGUCUAGCAAGGACCAGGCUGCCAGAUAUCGACUUCCUGAAAGCCAAGGAUUGCGCACUGUGACCCCAACAGAGAGCAUUGCGACCCCCAUCACGUCUCCAUGCUGAAGAGGCGGGCGGUCGGGCGGUGCGCGUUGGCGUGCAGCAAGCAUCACACGCAGCCUCGACUAGCUUCUUGAUGUUCAGCUUACUCCAGACGUUCCGGGAUUUCCUCAUGUAUCCGGCGCGACCUCGGAUAUCGCCCACGGCUGUCGACCUAGGACCGCUUCAGCAGGGUAUCCAAAUACACAGUGUGACCACGGGACUCCGCGAGGGAUCUAGGAGCAUCACGUCUGAUGCAUUUGGUGCGGCCUUUGCUUCUUUUGACCAUUAUAAGAACGUCCCCAGGCCUUUCCACUCGAUAACGCUCUCCCCUAGACUCCAUCCUAUUUCUUUCCCCUGCGUCCCUGUCUGCCUCACUUCCUCGUCUUUCUUGAUACCAUCUCAAGCUAUUCAGCUGCAUCGGGUCUGGGAUCCCACACAAGAGCAAAGAUGGCCCCUCACAGUGACGCCUCCCCCGCUGGCAGCUUUACAACCGGCUUCAAUGGCUUCAACCGGGGCUUCCGUCCCCUACAUUCCUCGGCCCUACCAGUGCCCAGUGGCCUGUCUUCUGCAGAUUCGGCCUCGCCUCUGAGUAGCUCUUACGAUAGCACAUCCGUGCAGAAUGAUUCACAUAUGGAUAGGCCGCUGGUGCCUGGGGUCUACGUGCCCACCAUGUGCUUUUUUGACGAGAAUGAGGACGUCGACACCGCGACUAUCGCCUCCCACGCCGUGCGCCUGGCACGCGCAGGGGUGACUGGCCUGGCCACGCAAGGGUCCAACGGGGAGGCAGUUCACCUUACCCACUCGGAGAGAACGCUGGUCACGUCGACUACGAGAAAGGCCUUGAACGACGCUGGCUUCUCCUCAAUGCCCCUGAUCGUUGGCUGUGGCAGCCAGAGUGUGCGAGAGACUGUUCAGUACUGCACAGAGGCAUGGCAGGCAGGUGGCGACUACGCGCUUGUCUUGCCGCCUGCCUAUUACGCAUCCCUAUUUGCGCCAUCCUCGGCCACUAUUCUUGAGUUCUUCAAUGCGGUCGCGGACUCUUCUCCCAUCCCAAUCAUCAUCUACAACUUCCCAGGCGCAGUCGGCGGCUUGGAUUUGUCCUCGGAUAUUGUCGUCAAGCUGUCGGCUCACCCCAACAUCGUCGGGGUCAAGUUGACAUGUGGAAACACGGGAAAGCUGGCUAGAGUAGCCGCCGCCACCAAGAAGCUCACCAAAAACUACGAUCCCAAGAAACCCGAAUUCCUUGUGCUUGCGGGAUCCGCUGAUUUCACCAUCCAAUCCCUGGUUGCUGGUGGUCAUGGCAUCCUAGCCGGCCUGGCCAACAUCUCCCCCAAAGCUUGCAUCAAGACGAUCAAGCUUUACAACUCAGGAAAUGUGGCCGAAGCCCAAGAGAUGCAGGACACGGUCGCCUCUGGAGACUGGACCGCCAUACAGGGUGGUGUUGUAGGCGUCAAGGCAGGUCUGCAGGCCUGGAACGGCUACGGCGGGUAUGCACGAAGCCCUCUGCCCAGACCUACAGCCGAACAAACCCAAAGUUGGAAGGAGGGCUUCCGGGACCUCGUUCUGUUGGAGAAGAGUCUGUGAGGUAUUCGAAACCUUGAUCGGCAACGGGACACAAAUUGUCGACCUCGGGAUGCGGUUUCCAGCCGAGGCGGAGACAAGCAGCAUGCUUCCUCCAGACAAUUGUCUUGCCCGUCCAGUCGAUCUUUGUGAUGCCAUCCGUACUCAGAGAAAACCAUGAAUUCACCGCGACUCUUCUGGACCGUCGUCCAUAUCUGCAACUGAUACGGUGAUGGGCUCGGUGGUCGUGCAAGGCGUGCAUGCGUGUGUGAACGGCGUUAUAGCAAGUCAGGUUACUUAUUGAAGCGGAGAUUUCUUUGAGCUAGGGCCCUUCCAUCAUCAAGGAAAGACGAAGAUGGCAUAAAAUUCCGGAGAAGAGUUUCUUGACCCUGUCAAAAUUUAUGGGGCUUCACUUUGUAUUCGUCAAGUUCAGUGGCGGGGUGUGAAAAAAGCCUUUUGUAUAUAGGCAACUUCAGAUGCCUGGGUUACAAGUGGUGAUGAGGGCAUGACUUCCAAGGAGAAGUCAAUAUCAUUAAAUGCCUCUGAAUUUUAUUCUAAUGAUUACCAAUGCUACUCCGCGCAGAUAAAAUCUGCAGAUAGUUCCUGAGAUGGUUUGCCUGGGUACAUCACGGGCGAUUUUAUAACAGAUCAGCAAGCCUAGGAACACUUUUUUAAGCUUUGGUGCACAUGGAUUCAGCGGGAAGAUUUUUCUCCAGCCUCAAAAUACUCGCUUCGUCCC